AUGGCUUCGCGCUUAUCCUGGCAGUCGUCCCUGCGGGCCAGACCGGCUUUCGCAUCCGCAGUCGCAGUCGCAGUCGCAGGAAUCGGAGCUUAUUACGGCACUCGGUCUUUUCUACUGCCCACAGGACACGCAGAAUCGCCUGAGCUCCCGAAGAUCUUUGGCGGCUUCGGUUUUACAACAUUGCGCCUGCAAGAUGUCAAGAUCGUGAACCAUAACACCAAGCGCUUGGUUUUCGAAUUUCCCGACCAGAACUCCCCAACCGGGUUAACGUUGACCUCGGCACUGCUCACAUACUCGUGGCCCAAGGGGCAAUGGUUCCCAGUUGUGCGCCCUUACACGCCCAUUAGCAAGCUUGACCAUCCCGGCUCUGUGGAGUUAAUGGUCAAGCAUUAUCCCAAAGGCAAAGCCAGCAGUCACUUGCAUUCUCUAAAACCCGGCGAUACACUCACCUUCGCUGCCACACUCAAGGGAUUCCCCUGGACACCCAACAAAUUCUCACAAGUCUACCUGAUCGCCGGCGGUGCCGGUAUCACACCAAUCUACCAGCUCAUCCAGGGCAUCCUGAACAGCCCGGACGACAAGACAAAAGUUAAUCUCAUCUUUGGCGUAAACACAGAGCAGGACUUGCUCCUUCGCGAGGAGCUGGAGCAAUACAAAAAGCGCUUUCCGGGCCGGUUCGACUAUGUCUAUACCGUGAGCCAUCCGAAGGAGGACGGCGCGGGUUUGCGAAAAGGCUAUGUCACUGAGGAGCUUCUGCGAGAUGUCGUGCAAGGGUCGGACAAGGAUACCCAUGUCUUUGUGUGCGGUCCUCCUGGGAUGGAGGACUCGCUGGUGGGCUCGAGGAAGAGUCCUGGAGUAUUGGGGCAUUUGGGAUUUUCCAAGGACCAGAUUUACAAAUUUUAG